UGUUAUCUUUAUUGUGCAGAUGAAUUCCCACAGUAACUAUGUUCCAGCAGCCCUAUCUCUUCUGGUGUUCUAGCCUUGCUGGUCUUCUCAGCACAGAGAGAAAUUAAUAGAUAGGUAAUUAGCCAAAAAUUAUUGAAUAAAGAAAAGGACAAAGCUCACAUGACCCAAAACCCCAUAUCCUUCAUAUCAUGGGUCCCUAGCUAGCUAGCUAUGUAUAACAGUUUCUUCUUCUCCCUCAGUCCCCUCGCUCCUUUCUUUCUUCUCAAGAAGAAAAACUGAAGACGGAUGUGUUUUUCUGCUUUCUUCUCACUUCUGAAGAACAUCUAGCUCAGCUUCAUCAAUGGAGGUAAUUAAUAAUCAGCUACUAAAUUGAGCAGUACAAUUAAAGCAACAUCAUCGGUCAGCCAUCUGGUCCUUGCAUAUGCAUGAUGAUCUCUCUUCUCUUAUCUGGCUUGGUCAACAGUACCCAACAACUACUAUUCCACCUUACUUAUGAUGUUUAGGGUUCGAGUGAAAGAAGCCACCGGCCCUUUUACUGUGGGACUCAAACUGAGAGCUAGAUAGAGCUCCCUUUUGGCUAUCUCUAAGUCUCUAGGGCCUCAGAGAUCUAAGCAAUUAACUGGGUAGUUGCUCCAGGUAGGGUUUUGAAUCAUAUUGCUCCAGAUCCAGGAAUUGAUAUACAGUUAGGCUGAAAUUGGAGGUGGGUCAUGGAGUACUUUGUGCAAGGAGAUCAAAAAGGGUAUUCUGAUAAAGAAGAGGAUCAAGAAGAGGAAGAAGAAGACAAGAACCACAUCAUUAACAGUAAGUACUUAUCUCCUUCUUACAAUUAUGGGUCAUCAUCAUCCUCCUCCCAAACCCCAGAAGCCAUAAACUUCAUGGACUUGUCACUAAGAAAUGCGAAAGACAACGACAACAACAACAACAACAACAACAACGAUUGGCCCCCAAACAGUGAGCGAGAGCACAUGUUUGACAAAGUUGUUACCCCAAGUGAUGUGGGCAAGCUCAACCGUCUAGUGAUCCCAAAACAACAUGCCGAGAAGUACUUCCCACUUGAUUCGUCCACCAACGAGAAGGGUCUGUUAUUAAACUUCCAGGACCGGACUGGGAAGCCGUGGCGGUUCAGGUACUCUUACUGGAACAGUAGCCAGAGCUAUGUGAUGACCAAAGGCUGGAGCCGGUUUGUCAAGGACAAGAAGCUUGAUGCUGGUGACAUUGUGUCCUUCGAGCGGAGUGUAAGGGACUCAAAUGUCUUGUACAUUGACUGGAAACGCCGCCCUCCGCCUCCUCUACCCCCUAAUCAAACUUCUCUCUGGGGAGGUGGAGGGCGAUUUUACUCGCUGCAGCGGCCUCCACUAAUGUCAAUGCCGCUGCGGCAUCACGAGCAUUUUCAUUACAACAUUCACCAUCCAUACCAUCACCAGUAUCAGUAUCAUCAGAUCAACCCCUACCAACUGCAGCAGCAGCAGCAGCAACAACAACAAUACUACCACCACAGAGGAAUUAGUCCCGCCGUGGUGAUUGAUUCAGUGCCACUGGUCCAACAUCAUCACCAUCACCAUGGUAAAAAUAUGAGUCCUACUACUAAUAAGCGGCUUAGGCUGUUUGGUGUGAACAUGGAGUACAGUCCAAUGCAAGAAGAUGAACCAGAACAAUGUCAGAUAUUGUCUUCCACAGUGGCUUCGCUCUCUCCACAUCAACAUCAUCAUCAUCAUCACCUUCCUUCUUCUUCGCUUUCUCAACCUCUGGAAUUAAGGCUGCCCAAUUAUGCUGCCCCACUGGCCGGUUCAGCGGAUCAGCUGCUUUCUGAAAAGGGAAAAUCUACUUCCUUGUCGUUUUAUUCGGAUCCCUAACCUGCAUUUGAUGAGGCUUAGUUCAGAUACAGGAAAACCUGCUACUUCCUUGUCGUUUAUAAUUGUCUUUGAUCAUUAGGAACUAUAUUAUAUAUAAAACAAAGUGAUAUAUGAAUUAGCAAAUCAAUUUCUUUACAGCAAUA